AUGGCAAUAAAAAAUACGAUUACGUUCCGAGCACUACAGCUCGCAAAUGAACAGCGAAACGCAUAUGGUUUGAGAUAUAAUGAUUUCGAGCGUUAUAGGAAGCAUUGCGCUAAUAGGACCCAUCGUCUCCGGUCUUCGCUCAAAAUGACCCAUGGAAAGGGCCGCGAAUUCAAAAAGUUACCUCCACUGACCACCGAUAACAUCGAGGAUGGACAUUUACAGCUCCUGCUAUACGAGGCAGAACGGGCCUGGGCAUACUCUCAAGAGCUUACGGCCCAAGCCUCGUUACCCUCUACCAAGGACCACUCAGGGACCCUCCGACACAGCGCGACAGGCCGUUUUCGCCGUGCUGUCAACUGGUCCACACAACUCUUAUCACACUGCCAGGCAUUAUACUCAGCCUCACGCAUAUCCACCGAAGGUCUUUUGCAAAUCACGAUCUACACAUUAAUCUUAAACGGCAGGUUCCUGCGCUAUCGUUACGACUUUGAGGACGCAUUGAUCCAGCUCAGCGUAGCUAGGAGUCUUCUGGAUGAGCUUGCAGAUCGGGCGGCGACGAGCAGGGAUCAGGCUUUGGCAACGCUCUAUGCCGAUGAUAUUGGCCCCGAAAUUAGGUACUGCGCUCAUGAACUGGGACGAGAAAAGGCAUACGAUGUGGACGGUCUUGUGGCGGAGCUGUCGUCGAAGCAUAAAGAAGAGAUGGUAGAUGGAUGCGGAGCGUUGAUCGAUAAGUUCAGGCAAGACGGCGCAGCGUCUGAUAAGGUGGAGGCAAGGAAGAAGCUGGCAGCAUUAGACUGGGAAGGUCAACCAGUACCUGUGCGCAAUCCUGAGCUGGUCGACGUGCUGUUCAAAGUGCAGGAAGCCGAGUCGAAAUUAGAUGCACCUCGCGAACAUGAGAAUAAGGGGGAGACUAGCACUUUGGAAGAAGGAAAGAAGAAAGUUAGGCAAGGGAAAGGGCAAGGAUCGAAGAGGGGCGUGGCUGCCUACGAUGCCAUUCUUCUUGCUCUAAGUGACGCGGAAGACGUCGCAAGAAAGCUGGUGGAGGCCCAACAGCUGAGUGGCGGCUCUUCAUCAACCUCAGCUGCUGGCACCCGCGACAUUCAUUUCGUCCACGCUUAUAUCGUCUACCAGCUACUUUCGAGACGAAUCCAGCGCGAUCUGCUCUUGAUCUCAACCCUCCUCAGCUCCCACCACUCUCAGGCUGCAUCAGGCACUACCACUUCCGGGAAAACCAAAAUCAAGCCCGGUAAAGAACACGUCGACGCUCGGCUAUAUCCUGCCAUAGUCAAGAUCCUAGACACCAUCAUGCAAAGUCUGACACAAAUGCGUGAUCUAAGUAUCGUGGACGAAACUCCGGAUCUCGCGUCUGCAGUUGAUGCCCGGUUGACGUUUACCAAAGCAAGGAGAUGCUUGUAUCUAUCGCAUUGCUAUGUGGCAGUGAAAAAAUAUGGCGAAGCAUUGACUUUGAUACAGCACGCCAAUAUCCACCUACGAGAAACUCGUUCAACGCUAUCGAUAUCCGACUCUGAUCCCAUCACAGCCGGAAAUCCAGCAUACUACCCUCUUUCUGAUACUGAAAUGGACGAGUCUGACCAUAUCCUAGCGCAAGACGGGCAUGCCUUCAAGAACGAGUGGUUUGCAUACAACGGUGGCACCGUGGCGGGAGAUAGCAAGACAUACAAAAAACCACUGUUCUUCGAUAUCGCGCUCAACUAUGUUCAGCUGGAUAUGGAUCAGUUACAACGUAGGGCAGGCAAAGCACCUGCGCCCGCUGCGGUUACAGCUCCUGCCCCAGUGCAGGUUGAGCUGGAGAAGAAACAGCCUGUGAAAUCCAGGUUGGAAGAGGUAGAGCGUGCUCCUACGCCUGAACCUCAAGCCCCUGCACGUGGCGGUCUGGGCAGCCUCUUAGGCGGAUGGUGGGGCAGGAAGUAAAUGAAAUGUCACGUAAAUAACGGUGUUAUCUGGCGAGCAUAAUACAAAAAAUCAAACAGGAUUAGGGCGUAUUAUCAUCAUGCAAGAAAAAUUUGAGAUGUACUACAUAGAUUAUAUGAUCGAAAAGCAAGAAACAACAAAC